ACAUGUUUUGCCCUUCUCGGCCACCGUAAUAAAUUGAUACGUAGUGGGGUUUGUUAGCGUUCGUCUGUGAAUUUCCAUUUUAUUCAGUAUUAUCAUUUAGAACGCAAUUGGCCGUCAUAAUUCAUCUUAGUAUGACUGUCAUGUCUCGUUUUUGUUGUUGUGGGUGACAGAAACCCGAUGGUGCUAGCUGAUGAUAGCUUCUUGGUAUAACAGCCAGGCCAGUUUGCUGUCAGCAAGUUUGUUAGCAUUAGCUAAUGCAAAGCUACUUGAAGGUUACUAAGCUACAUAGCCAAGCUACAGGCGUCACCUCGAACGACAUUUAUAUUUUGUGUGGUUAAAACAGCCAGAUAAGGUGAAGAUGCUUGUUUGUCAUUUCUGAAGUCCACCUUUGUUCACAUUUGCUAGCCGACGACUGAUUACCGGGCUUCUGGACAACCAUGGCAGAUGAAAAUACUCACUUCUGUGGCAAUUGCAAGCAUGACAUUCCAGAAGCAAAUUUCACAACCCAUGAGAUCCACUGUCGGAGAAACAUCGCACUUUGUGAUGUGUGCCAGGAGCCGGUACCACGUUCUGAUCUGCCAGAGCACAAGCAAAAGGAGCACAUCCAGAUUACUUGCAAGUGUGGACUCAAGAUAAACAAGAAUCACAUUGAAGUUCACCAGAACUCUGACUGCCCUCAGCGACUGGUCCUGUGCCAGUACUGUGAGCUGGAGAUUGUCUUUGGUCAAUCCAAAGAGCAUGAGGAUUACUGUGGUGCUCGUACCGAGCCUUGUCCACAGUGCAAGAGCAAUGUCAUGUUGAAGGAAAAAGCCCUGCAUCCCAUGUUAUGUGGGAGUACUGCGCUGCUCCAAGACCGGAACAACAGCAGCUUGAGUCGCAAUCCCGCAGACCUUCACCCUCAAGGGGCCUGGUUUGAUGGCCACUCCAUUCGAAAUCCCCUCAGAGCAGAAGAGCGAGGUCCAAAGGAAAACAACCUCAGUGCAGCCAAACAUCAAGUCUUUCCGCGUACAUAUGAGUCCAGAUUGUAUAACACUUCAACAGGACCACAGGGCAGCGGAAACUGGAAGAAUAUUACCCCGAGGAAUAUGACAUCCAGCCAAUUGGCAGAACAGAAGGACUUCUUGAGUCAAAGCAAUAUGUGGCCACUUCAAGAUGAGGACUCAUCAGGUCUGGACUACAUGCUGGCCCUCAGCCUGCAGACAGAUGGAGAGUCCAUGGCUGGCGGUGGAGAGGCCAGUUUGUGGAGUGAUAUCUGGGACUAUACCAAGACCUCCACAACCUCCGUCGGGGGUCAACUGUCUGCAACCAACAACAACUAUCCAGACUUCCCCUCUCGCACAAGUGUGGUUCAAGACCGUGAUCAAACAGACAUCAUGCUUCCUUGUGAGUUUUGUGAAGAACUGUUUCCUGAAGACGACCUCAUUUUGCAUCAGACUGGCUGCAGCCCUGCCUCCGCCUUUGCGUCUUACAGCAAGCAACCGUCCUCUCCCCCAAAAGAGAACAGAAAUGCUUCUGGUCUGAUGCAAAGCCUCCCUAACACUUUGGCCUCUAACAUCCCCACCUUCCCUCGAUCGGUCUCGCCAGCCUCAUACAGUCCACCAGCCAGCCCACUAGAGGGCGACGUGGUGAUUCCUUGUGAAUUCUGUGGUGUUGCGCUGGAAGAGGCCGUUGUCUUUCACCAUCAGGAUAAAUGCGAUAUGCGCCCUCAAACCACCUUUCCACUUAACAAUAUAAGAAAAACAUCUAUCAAAAAUACUCCUGCCAAGGAUGCAUUAGGACGGGGUUCUCCAGAUUUUUAUCUCCAGAGUAUAAAGUCUCAAGGUGACCUCUCAGACCAGGAUUUGGAAUUGGACCGAGACCUCACAUCAGGACAAAGCCCAAGGGAAUGGCAGAGAGGCUAUAUUGGACGGCCCAGUCAACGAAAGACGUCCAACUGUGACAUUUCUGCACAAAACAAAACUCAGCAUGGUCGGGAAUCUGAGGUGGCUUUGUCAUCUUUUCUGGACUCUGACAAGUCAGGCUCUGACUAUUUAAAGGGACUACAUUUAACAGAGAACAAAGACGCGAGAGGAAACAGAAGGAACGUGUUAACAAAGCUCCCGAAAAAGCAGAAUGAAGACCAACAGGAAGAAUGAGCUCCUCUCCGAUCUCUGCUUUUCCUUUCUGUCCAUGUGUGAAAUCAUAAGUUGAUAUAAGUGCCUGUCAGCAGCAACACCAUAUUACAGUUAACAUUUAAAAUGGUGAUUUGGUUUUGCUAUGUAUACUUUACAUUUUGCGUCUCAUUUAUUACUAAAACAUUUGUAUACACCAUCCUUAAUUUCAAUGUUUCUUUGUAUAACCUUAAUAGCACUUGAAUUAUUCAUAUUUGAACAAGAGAACAUUUUAUACUGUAGAAUGUUCAUAUUUAGUACUUUAGAUAAUAUUUGAUAGUUUUCAUUAUGUCCUGUUCCGUCUUCAUUGAUGUAUUAUGGAAUUUUUUGUUGUUAUAUUUUGCAAAAGAAUAUUGAUUGUUUUGUAUCACAGAAAUGUGCCACAAGUGUAUGAAAAUCUAUAGCAAAUCAUUUGUUAAUGAAGAUUAUUUUCUAAAUGAAAAUGUUGCUGGUUUAAUAUCAGAACAAUUCCCACCAGAGAUGAGCAAGCGAAAGGUGAAAUCUCCUGGCGUGGCGUUUGUUCAUGCAUGUCGAUCGUUGUGCACAGCAACUGUCUCUAUACUCUCAGCUUGGUAACUGUCUGUAACUGUCUUUAGUUAAUGUCAAUAAAUGUUCGUCAACAUUUC